AUGCUCUGGAUGUCGGGACGUCCGGGAGAGACGAACGCAGAGAUGAACUCAGAGAAGGGCGACCUUCCCUUUGAUGGCAUCCUCAACCUGUUCAGCUUCACCGGACAUCAUCCACCAGGCGCAGCGCACCUGCAACGGUCUCCUGUCCUUCAGCCUCCCAACAAGUGUUCGUCCCAGACUGGCAUGAGCCUCGGACUCCAGGGCCUGGGGGGACCGGCCAGGUCAAGCUCAGGUCAGCGGCAAGUGUCGAAUGACAAGCUUGUGAAAAAAUCCGUGGACAAUAUGGAUGUCUGUCGAAUAAAACCGCAGCACUGCCAGAGGAUAGUCGUGCUUGGUGCACCUAAAGUGGGAAAAAGCAACCUCCUGCUAAGGUUCUUGGGUAAAGACUUUAAAGAACACUAUGAGCCCACCAGAGAGGACUUUCACAGAAAGCUGUUCCACAUCGGAGGAGAGACGUACCGAGUGGAUCUGCUGGAUGCAGCGUGCGAGAGAGACUUCCCCGCGAAGCGCAGACUGUCCAUCCUCACAGGUGACAUCUUUCUGCUCGUCUUCAGUUUAGACGAUAAAGAGACAUUCCGAGAGGCGUGUGAUCUCAUCAGUGAGAUUAAAUCUGCAAAGACCAAGUUUCUUAAAACGAAGACCCCGGCCAAGGUCCCUAUUGUAGUAUGUGGCAAUAAGGCGGACCUGGGCGCCCAGAGAGUCGUGGGUCGUUCGGAGGUGGUCAAAACGUUGAGUGAAGAUGUUACGUACGUGGAAACCUCAGCUAAGAACAGUGUGGGACUAGAGCUCUUGUUCAGAGCUCUGGCCCAUGUGGGUGGUCUGCCCGAUGAGAUGAGCCCCUCACGUCAUGAGAUCAUCCCCAUCCUCAGCUGUCAGUCCGUCUGCGCAGCGCACAAGGGCAGGAGCAGCGCCAAGACGCACAAGUGUGCGCCAUGUGGAGCCGUGGAUCCACUUGCGCGUAGACCCAGUUUUACCACGGACUUGAAAUUAGUGCUUGGAUCAAGCAGAAAAACCAAACCCGAGAGGUGUCAGAUUCAAUGA